AUGCAAGAUCCUCCUCUCCGGUUAUUUUCUAGUUCACCGGUUACCAUUGCGAGUUGCCUAUUAGCUCCACCUUCUGAUAAAUUGCCCAAAACUACCCUGAUGGCAGGAGGUAUAUCACGUUUUUGCGUGAAUCUGCUGGAAACUUUAGAAGACAAAGAUACGGAAGACAGUGAGCUUCCUAUCCCGCAAAACAUAGUGGAAAACAUGACCGCAAAGCAAGAGAAGUGGAAUAAUACUACAAAAUGUAUCACCAAGAUCAUGCAUAAGAAAGAAAAGACUCGAAUAAAGGCCUAUGUGGUAUUUCAUAAUUAA